AUGCAGCAUCGUCCAUCACACCCGUAUCCAGGACCGGCGCCUUUACAAACCCCUCAGCACCAGCCGCGCGUGGUGAGCGGUAGCCAGCCUGAGCAACAGCCGUAUUCUGUCGCUGGUGUCUACAAUCCGCAGACUGGCCUCCAGUCGCCAUUCCUGGGACAUCAGCAGCACUUCCAGAGUCAACAGACGGCCGAACCUUCAUAUUACCAGAACCCAAGCCCCCGAAGUCAACAUAGUGCAGCUGGACCCUAUUAUCCAGCUGAAAAACCAGAGUCUAUGGCCGCAACCGCCACCAUGCAGCGCCCUUACCCCUCCAUCUACAAUACGCCGCAAUCCAACUCUCCUGCUUCGGUGACCUCGCCCCAGUCGCACGAUCCAGCCAGGCCAAUGUAUGGCCAUCCGGGGCCCCAGAUGUACGGUUAUCCGCAGUAUCAACCCAUGAGCCAGCCAACGAGCUAUGGGCAUAGCCAAAGCCAACAGCCGCCUCAUCAAAUGGGUGGCCAGUCAAUGCUGCAAUAUCCGCCUCAUAGCCAGCAAUUACCCCAACCAGGCGUGUCCAGCCAACAUCCAGGAAUCUCUAGCCAGAGCCCCCGGAUGAAGAAUGAGCCGCCGCAGCAAUCGCAGUACAUGCCGAUGAAAUCCGAGCAGAACCAGCAAUAUAUGGGCAUGAAACCCGAACCCAGCCAGCAUCAUCAAACACCGCAGCAGCAACGGCCUCCAAUGCUCUCCCAAUAUCCGCAGCAGCAUACUCCUGCCCCGCCGAGCUCGAAUCUACAAACGCCGCAAUCUCAGCAAGCGCCUCCUACCGGGUCAAGCGCAGCACCCGGGCCAAUUCCGGCUACCACCCCACUGGUUGUGAAGCAGGAUUCUAGUGGAGUUCAAUGGAUCGCGUUCGAGUAUUCGCGAGACCGCGUGAAGAUGGAGUACACUAUUCGAUGCGACGUCGAGUCGGUGGACACCAAUGCUCUCUCCAACGAGUUCAAGACCGAGAAUUGCGUUUACCCUCGGGCAACAGUGCCAAAAGACCAGUACAAAGGCAAUCGACUGAACUACGAAACGGACUGCAACCAGGUCGGAUGGGCCCUGGCAGAACUGAAUACCUGUCUACGCGGCAAGCGAGGAUUGAUUCAGCGGGCAGUCGACAGCUGGAGGAAUAGCAACCAGGAUCCUCGCUUGCGAAGUAGGAGGGUCCGACGGCAAGCCAAAAUCACCACCAGAUCGAAGAUGGGACCGUCGACGGCUAGUCAGACACCUGGACCGAGUGCUCCAGGCUCAGCAGGGCUUCCUGGUCAAAACUCAAUGCCUGCCCCCAGUUCUAGACCGCCGGGGACGAUCUCGACUGCCCCUCAAUCAAUCCAUCACCAUGGACAAGACCUCUCGCCUACAGGUCAUGACAACAUGCCCCCUUCUGCGUACUCUUCCACUCAUCAGAGUUACCGGCAAAGUCCUGCCAGCCAACAUAUGCCGAGUCCGAAUGACAUUCGACAAGCACACGUCUUCCCAAGUUACCAGGCUUACCCACAAGUUCCAACGAGCAUGUCCUCGAUGCCGCCCACCAUGCCGCCCGGUAUGCAUCACCUCGGUCGACAAGGUGGCCCCGCGGCCAUGGCUUCUAAGGACGCGGAUCAGAAGAACGAGGACGACAUUGCGCUGUUUGGCGAUGUACCCGAGGACAAACGUCGCAAAUUCAUCCUGGUCGAAGACACGCAGAAGAAUGCGAGAGUCCGCGUGAAGGUGACGCUGGACCAAAUCGAAAUGAGCGAGAUUCCCGACUCUUAUCGCAAACAGAACUCUGUUUUUCCUCGAGCAUACUACCCCAUUCAAAUGCCUGGCAGCAGAGAGCCUUCUCGAGGCGACCGCUACGUUGAGGAGGGACAGGAGGUCGAUAGUGGAGCUCCUGUUGUUGGAAAGACCAACGUUCCGCUACAAUUGCCAGGUGGAGAGGCGGAAGUAACGGUGCCGCAGGUCUCACGAAGCAAACGAGGGCGAGAGGAGAAGGUCAACGAACUGGGCUACAGGAUGGCUUGGGGACAAGGACGAGUCUUCUCGAACCGCCCCGUCUUCCUUGCACGCGCAUUGGACGCCUAUCGAACCAAGCAAAGAAGCACUUUGAUGUCUGCUGGACAAGAUGUCUCGGUUGUGCCCGACCAUCUCGAAACGCGCCCCGGCAAGCGACGAUGGGUUGAACGGACCAGUGCCAUCAGCCCACCCGACCAACCGCCUGCCACAGUCUCGUCAGAGUAG